CUCAGCCACUGAAAAAAUGUGUUAUUAUUGCAGCUUUGGACAUGAUGUCCGCCCGUUGGCUCCCUCGUCUCGGUUUGUUUUUGUUUACCGUCGCCAUUUGAGCAUUCGUUGUCGACUGUUUCAGCCUCCAUGUCCUCCUCAAUCCUCCAACUGUCGUGUGAAAUAAAUGUCGGAGCUUCUUCUUCUUACUGAGGUGGUAGGACUCCCCCUCCUCCUCCCCCUUCCUCCUCCCUUCCUACCCGCAUCACACAGCCCCCCACGCGAGCCCACGGUUGCUUGCUGUAGUCGAGCACGGGGUUUGGGGGUGACGGUGGAGUCGGGGACUUUUUUCCACCACCGGUCAGCCAGCGGACGCUGUCGGGGAGAGGAUCGCCUGCGCGAGCCGCGACACGUCCAGCUAGCGGGAGGCAGAGCUAGCAAGCUAACUAGCCACUUUAUUCCUGGUAACAGUGCGAGGAAAUGGAGCUGCUGCCCGGCGAAACCUCCUCCACGGAUGCACACGGCUGCAUCGAAGAGAGCCACUUUAAUUAACCACUUUUUAACCGUUUUCGCGGGGCUCGCAGAGAGGCGGACGUCACCGGGGAGUUUGACAGCAGCGAAAUCCCCCCUCCACUACUGUACUUUGGGUUUUCUCCUCCAAACCGAAGCAAGAUGGACUCUCAUUCGGCUUGUCUCGUCAGAGCUCGGAUCGACAUUUUGCUAUGAGUUUAAAAAAAAUAUGCAUAAAGGUUGGAGCGCAGUAUGUGGGAGAAUAGAUUUUUAAUUGGUAGCACUUUUUGGGUUUGUUUGUUUUUUUCACCGUUAUUGCGCGUGCGAUGCUCGGCACAACCGGACAAGACUUCCCCUCAAGGCAAACAAACCGAUCCGGCGUCAGCAGUUUCACCUGAACGCACAAAUAUACGUCUGCGCAGCGAAAUAGCCCCCGCAGCUUCGUCUGUCUGAUGGGGACCGGUCAGUGGUAGAUGUGUCGCUGGGUUUCGGCCUACAUGUUGUGCUGCUGCCCACAAGGGCGGAUCGGCUGCACGGUCAUCAUCAUUGUAUGACAGAGGCUGUGGCAGAUUCAUCCCCAUCAUUCAUACAGCAUUUCCAUAGUUUUUCUCGUGUACGGUAGUACCAUGAAGAGUGGAGGAAGGAGCAAGGAGCCACCUGUCGCUGGGGAGAUCACCGGCAAACGUCCCAAACGCAAAUGUCUGCAGUGGCACCCCCUUCUUUCCAAGAAGGCUUUAGAUUUCUCAGAAGAAGAGGAAGAGGAUGAUGAAGAGGAACUGGAGAAGCAGCCAGGGCUGUGCAGUCCCAACCAGGACCCCCAGGUGCAGAGUGGAAGCACAACAGAGGAGGUUGAGGAGGACUCCAGUGAGCAGCGGGCGCGCCGGCCAAUGAAUGCCUUCCUCCUGUUUUGCAAGCGCCACCGUUCCUUGGUGCGGCAGGAACAUCCCCGACUGGACAACCGAGGGGCCACCAAAAUCUUGGCUGACUGGUGGGCUGUGUUGGAGCCCAACGAGAAGCAGAAAUACACUGACAUGGCCAAGGAGUACAAGGAUGCUUUUAUGAAGGCAAAUCCAGGCUACAAGUGGUGUCCGACCACCAGCAAACCGGUCAAAAGCCCUUCCUAUCAGACGGUUGGCAAUCCGCGCAAAAAGGUUUGGUCCUUUUCCUGCAACUCACCCAAGGACUCCACUGCCAAAAAAGUGCCGAAAACCAACAGCUUGCCGCAGCUGAACUUUGCCAUGGCAGAUCCUACAAAGAUGGGAGGCCUUAGCAUGCUGCUGUUAGCUGGUGAACACGCUCUCACAAACAGAGAGAUCCCUUCUAAACCUAGUUUACCUGACAUAGCCAAUGAAGGAGACUCUUUUCCAGACGAGAAAGAAGAGAUUUCGUCUCAGACCAUACCAAACAGAGUGCCUGACAUCACUGAAAGCAGGGUCGAGUCGGCCCUUUCCCCUGUGGCAGAGUCUUCCCUGUCUGUGGCUCCUGAAGGAAAACCAUGCAAACAAUCUGCGCUUUUCCAGCUCGCAGAGAUGUGUUUAGCGUCCGAGGCUGGAAAAAUGGACGCUGUUGCAUCUCCUCCAGAGGACAGCUCCUCCACAGCUUCUCUGCAGCAAACUGCUGUCAAGCCUGAUGUGAAAGAGGAGGGAUCAGACCCUGACCACUAUCCCCACAUGCACACAUCGCCCCUCUGCCCUCCCUCCCCUACUUCUACCUCGACUGACGCCACGCCCCCUCAACAGAACAGGCAUGCUUCACGUGUCAAAAAGAAGAGCAAGAAGAAAGAGGCAGCCGAGUCAAAUCACAGUGAAAUCUCCAGUUCUCCGAAGCAAGUCAACAAGAAAUGCAACCACUCAGAGGCGAACAUGGACAGCAUCUUCAGCACUAUCGAGGCAGUGGCCAGCGGGGCCUGGGCUCCCACAGAUGACAAGAACAAGAAGAGGAUGCAGACCUGUUUGGGCAACUUGCCGAAAAAGAAAUGUAAGACCAAAGCUAAGGCGUUUGUCAAAGAAAAGGAAGAGGAGAUGGACGAGAGCAGUGGGCAGCUGGGAUCCCCUGACGGAGAUGUGAAGGAAAGGAUGACUGACAUGGCCCCCAAAACGGAAGCCGAAGAAGAUGCUGCAGAAGGAGUGGACAUCCAGGACUGCAUGCCAGAGCCUCGUGUCUCCCAGUGCAAUAUUUCACCUGCUAAAGAGGAAGAAAGGGGAAAGGAGAGCCACAGCGACCCAGCCUUUGAGCUGAACACAGAGAACCGUGGCUCCAGGAAGUCAGAGCGGAGCUGCAAGGGGGCUUUGUAUAAAACGCUGGUCUCUGAGGGAAUGCUGACGUCACUGAGAGCAAAUAUUGAUCGAGGGAAAAAAGGUGCUUUCCGUGCUUUUGAUGAUGCUAACUGGAGUCACGAGAGCUGGACCAUGUCAAACAUAGGACCUAAUAAUCCCAAGAAACUCAAGAAGUCCAAGUCCAAAGACGAGUCACAGAGCCUUGGGAAACUGGAGGAGGAGUUUGAAAAGAAGUUCAACAGCCUCCCGCAGUUUAGCCCGGUGACCUUUGAUAAGAAGGGGAUAGCAGUCGCAAAGAAAAGAAAGAGUGACGGCUCGACCAAUCAGGAGGACACCCCCAAAGCUGGGAAAGAUGUCCAGGCCCCGUCUAGCAUGGAGAUGCUGGUUGGCAGCCAGAAGAGGAAGGCUAGGAAGACCAAGAUCACUCACUUGGUUCGCACGGCUGAUGGCAGUGUGUCUGCAGCAGAAGAGGACAAAACAAAGGACCUGAACCAGGAACAGGAUAAGAAGCCAUUACCCCAACAGAAUUUAUGCAAUGAAAAAAGGUGCUACAGUCCCCGAGCAGAGGAGGCAGACAGGAGCACCGAACCACAGGAGCUACCUACAUUCUUCAGCUUGGCGGCUCUUGCUGAGGUAGCAGCCAUGGAGAACGCUCACAGAGGCCAGAGGAGCUUGGCUCCGAGUCAGAAGAAGGAGCUGGCCCAGACUCCGGUCCUCAUCUCCUGCGCUGAUCAGUGAGCGGCUUUUGACGGGAUGAGGGGGGGCACCCGGACGGCAGCAGAGGCGCUUUCACGUCCUCCUCAUCGCUUGCCGGGGAGGGAUCGAACAGACUCCAACUUCCUUGUUGCAGAGAAUUCGCUUGAGCUUGGAUCCUUUGGAGGCGAGGGGGGAUAAAAAACAAAAACCCCUCCCCAGCUCCUUCUUCUCCCUGCUUGUUGGUGUCUGUGUGUCCUUCUAAGCCUUCCUUUGGUUUCAGUGAUAGGUGUCUUUCUCACGGGACAGGAGGCUUUUCUAAACUGGGCGUAUAUGAGGUACUUCUCUACGGUCAGUGUGUUACUUACAGGGGGGCCACGGUUUUAUUUUGGAGGAGCAGUCCUUUAUUAUGAAACAAAAACACUUUUUAAAAAAAAGAAAUCAACAAAAUACCUUUAAAUACUCAAUCAUCCCAUGUCGGGAAAUAUUUAUUUUUUGACUUAAACAGUCUAGAAGUCGUGUCUUUGUUGAAAAAAAUUACUUAAAGAUUACUUAAAUUAUUGUAUUUUUUAGGUGGUGACAUUUCUUCUUCUGUCAGCUAAUCUAUGCACAUGGACUAUUAUAAAAAUUAUACAUGUCAAGUCGGACUGCUUUCUGUUUGUAAUGAACUGACUGGAUGAGUAUCUCAUACAGCCAAGCUCCUGAGAUGGUCCCUGGGAGCUAAUGUCAACGCCCCGCGGACGCCAUUUUUUAAAAUGUGGAGUUAAAGAAUCUUUUCCAAGGGAGGCGGGCGGGGGACACACAUUAGUGCGCUUGUUUUUCUAGAAGAACCCAGGUUUUUUUGUCACUUUUUUUACCUCACACACAUGCCUGCUGUAGAGCUCCCUCUUCCAUUCCCUCCAGCUUCAACCCAAAACCUCUUCACCAGGGUCAAUUGUUGCUAUGGUUCACUUUAUGGAGAGAAAUCCAUUUAGAAACGCUUAUUUUAUAUAUAUAUAUGUAUACAUAUAUAUAUAUAUAUAUAUAUAUAUAUAUAUUUUGUUUUGCACCUCCCCUGUUGUACACUAAUGCGGUUUUACUAGUUGAAGAAAUCACGGGUGAGCUUUUCGUGUGUCGAUGUGAUGCUACUCCAAUAGAGUAUGUGGUAGCAACGAGUACUAAUAGACUGAAUGUGAAGACGUGUGCUUUCCCUGGCGUUUGCAGCUCGCCACAGCCGUGGGGGUUUGUGUUGUUCGUCCGUCAGCCGUGUGCUGAGCGCGUGCCUGCUCGCUGCGUGUGUGUUAGUGCGGAUAGCCGGACAGACAAUAUAGCCUUAACUUUCCCCGUUCGCCGCCAUAGUCGUCUCAGCCUCAAUGAGUAGAAGCAGCUUUGAUUAGCAGAAUGCCAUUUUUGUCUUGACAUUUUGGAUUAUUUUGUUGUUGUUGUUGUUGUUGUUGCUUCAUGUUCCUGCAUUUUUGAGUAGCAGUUACAAUCUUAAUCUCCGUGUUGUACUUUUUAAAAAUUCCAUAAAACCUGCACUAAAUCCUAGCUGAACUGUAAUUUACUCGUGAAAGGCUAACUUCGUCGCACCACUGCCUGUCUCAGGAUGAGCUGUACGUUCCCACAAGUUAGGUGUCACAGCUCUUCUAACGAAAAGAGCUUUUUUUUAUUGUAUUGUUAUGUGAGUUUCAUUGAAGUAUUAAUUGAUUGUAUUGAGAUCAGAUGUACUUUGGUUCCUCGCAGAACCUACAGGCAUUUGUCGGUUCCUCCCAUUAGCCUUCUGAGAUUUGAUUGCUCUCAGUACAGCUCUGCUCAUAUGUAAUCAUGUUUUUCUUUUUCCAGUAUUUACAAACGUAUAUGAACUAUCUUCUGUUUCUCUUUAGCCAUUCCAUGUUGUGGUGUGCUCUUUACCUUCAGAAGGCCAGAGGGUGGCAGUAAAGCUGUAGAUUUAUUGUCUUCCCUGAACGCCGGGAGGCUGGUGGAGGCAGGAUGGCGAGCGUUCGCCUCCUCAGCCACCAGCCGCUUGUUCCUCUGUGUAGAUCAAUACUUUUUAAGCUACGACACGGGGAGCAGCUCCCUUUCGUUUGCUUUUCUUCCAGGCGCGUGCGUUUGUGGGGGGGUUGUUUUCUAGUGUUGCCUCCCUCAGUCCUGGAUUCAGGCUGUCUUGAACAGUCGCCACCUCUGAGUGCGUUUGUGGUCACCUGGAGAGCUGAACUGCGCCGUCUACAGACGCACAAGCCGUUCAGACUCAGACUACAGACAAAGUGUUUUCUGAUGCACAAAUGGCUUGAGGAGUACAAUGUUUUUUUUUCUUGAAAUAGAGUAUUUUCCUAAACAGAGACAUGAUAUCCUGAUCAUGUGUUGUUUUUUUUUUUUUUUUUUUUGCUAAUCCUUGUGAGCUAAUAGUGCUAUACACCCAAGAAACCUACAAAUCCUUGUUACACUUGAGCUUAAAAUCUUAACAAGCUGCAUGUUUCCCCGUUAAGCAAACCCACAGUCCAUUUUGUGAUCAUGUAAUUGAAAAUAACUCAUGUAUGUGCGCGUGCUUUCAGAUGAGAGGAAGUUGCAUUACAGACGCUGUCAUCCAUGUAGUCCUUCGACUGAGGAGUAAAGAAAUUGUCUUCCCAACCCCGAAACACAAAUGUCUGCUUAAAGCAACCGAAUUCCUUGACAUUUUCCAAAGAAAAAGGAAAGGUGCACUCGCUGAGCACUUCAUUAGGGACACUUUAAUCAGCUGUUGGUUAACAGAAAUCAGCCAAUCACAUGGAAGGGUUUUGAUUAGUCAGAUCUGACUGAUUUUAAGUGGUUGCUUUUUUUUAAAUUUCUUGUGACAAGGUUUUUUUUUUUUUUCUUGCCCAGCACCCAAACCUUCGCUAAUUAUGUUUACGUUUUUAAAACUCAAGAAGGUAGAUCACAAGUUUCUCAACCAUUUAAAUGAUGACAUCAUUUCAGGUCUGCUCCAACGCUCAGUUCGGAACUUUGUCGGCUCCCUUUAAAGCAGAUCCGCUGCCAUGUGAUUGCCUGAUGAAAUGUCAGCUUUAAAGCCACACGUGUUCGCUAAUAUGGUGCCCAGUGAGCGUAUAUAUGUGUAUAUAUAUAUAUAUAUAUAUAUAUAUAUAUUCAAAGGAGCAUUAAAGACAGCUAACAAAAGUGUUGUGCUGGAUUUGUCAGGUUUUCUGAGUCUUCAGGUAAUAAAAUCAGCACAAUUCAUCCUGAGUUUCCAGUGGGAUCGUGCUUUCUGGCAGCAAAAGGGCACCUCUUUAUAUAUUAGCACCUUAUGACCCAAACCAAAACGAUCACGGACUUUAUUUAUAUAUAUAUUUAUCUAAAUAUAUAUGAACUAAAUCCAUGUGUCCAAGAAUCCAGUCAUCAACAAAACCAAGAACAGCCAUAGAUGCAUUAUGCUUAUCACCCUUCCACUUUUCUAUCCGGGAGAUGCUUAUAUACUGUUUAGAUUCCUAUAUUAGUUACCAAAAUGACUAUAAUACCCUUUUGUGCUAGUACUGUCUUCUUGAAUGUAAUCAUUUUGUACCUGUAUUUUUCUAACUCAGUCAUGAUUGUACUGUAGGUGUGCUGUGAUGGUACGCUGCUCCUUCUGAGCGUUGUCUGCUCCCAGCAGCUCUCGUCGGAGGAUUGCUGCUGCGCUCUGAACUCAGUGGCACACAGUGUGUGUGUUUGCGUGUGUGCGUGGGAUGGGUCAGGAGGACUAACUGUACCAUGUGAGCAUCCAUGAUGAGACUGAUAGCUGAGAGACUGUUACCCUCUGAGUGGUGGGCCAAUAGCAUUCCCUUGGUUUGAUUCAUCGUUUUUUUUUUUUUUAUAUAUAUUUUUUGUUUGCUUUUUCCUCUUUGCAGUAACAGUUAACAUCUGUUCAGGGCAGUUUGUAAAACUCUAUGAUCAGAACUAUUGAAUGCUUGAGUUUCGUUUUUAUUUAUUACUGUUCCUUUUUCAAAGUUUCGACAAAUAAUAAAGAAAAGCGACAAAAAGCACAACUCAAUAUGCAUCUGUUUGUACACAGACAUGUAGAAGAGGAUCUGCCCUUUACAGGAAUGUAGACCUUUUGUUGUGACGAUGUUCUGCUACAUAUUCCAAGUCUCUUUCUUCUGAUAUCAUGUGCUUACUCUAAUUUGUGUAAUGGAUGUGUGUCAAGUGUGCGCGUUUUUUUCCCUAUUAUUUGAUGCAGCCUUGCCUUACUGGAAUCCCUGCUAGUGUGGGACCCCUCAGCCAAACGUAGUCCUUCCCACAACUUUGUCAUCACACUGUCUGCUGACACAAGUAUCACUUCUCUAGCACCUAUUAAAUGACAUCUAAUACAUCUGUC